AAUUACUCCGCUACUAUGGCCUAUUUAUUGCCUUACCUCCUCACGCCAUUUGCAGUUUUUCUAUUGCGUUAUUAACUGUACGUUUUGUUUGUUCCAUGUGUAACUCUGUGUUGUUGUUUGUGUCGCACUGCUUUGCUUUAUCUUGGCCAGGUCGCAGUUGUAAACGAGAACUUGUUCUCAAUUAGCCGACCUGGUUACAUAAAGGGGAAAUUAAAAAAUAUUAUUAUUAUUAUUAAAUUCACUUCAUUAUCUUUUAUUCUAUGUAUUGUAUUAUUUCAUUAUAGACCCAAUUUACUAUAGGCCUGAUUUACUAUAGGCCUGCUUUACUAUAGAACUGAUCUAUUAUAGGCCUGAUUUUCUAUAGGCCUGAUCUAUUGUAGGCCUGAUUUACUAUAGGCCUGAUUUCCUGUAGGACUGAUCUAUUAUAGGCCUGAUUUACUUUAGGCAAACUUUAGGCCUUCUCUAUUAUAGGCCUGAUUUACUUAUAGGCAAACGAAAUUAUGACUGCAUGACUGCAUAAAACAUCAGUGAGAAUAGACGCACCCAACAUGAUUUGGACUUAUAUUUUGAAAUCCCAGAAUGUCGAACUCGGAAGUGAAUAGUACCCUCACGCAUGCGCGUACCGUCAAUCUGGGGACAUGUGUUUUCAAGCACGAAAUCAUUUUCCUAGCAACUGUUUCUAGCUAGUUAAAAUAAUAUUUCUUUCAGCUCAUGUUUUGCACGUAAAUUUCAACAGUUACCCUUUACUGUUUUAAUUGUCUCCCGUGACAGAGUCGGAAUAAUCUCGACAGAAACACGUGAGAAAGGUUGUUUGUUAGCUAGCUACUGUAGCCUUCUCGUCAGGACAGCAUGGGGCCCGUAAUAGAGCUCAUUGCUGGAAGUUACGAGCAGAUCGCCUUUGGUUACCGGUUGUCUACGGGUGAAGAGGAGUGGACAGCCACGGCAGACUUCACCCACCAUGCCCACACUGCCUCAGUGUCCGCGGUGGCCACCAGCGAGAGGUACAUCGCUACAGGAAGCAGAGACGAGACCAUCCAGAUCUACGACAUGAAGAAGAGGAUAGAACAUGGAGCUCUGUUGCAUCACGACGGUACCAUUUCAUGCCUGGAGUUCUAUGGCACCUCCCACCUGCUGAGCGGAGGACAGGACGGGCUGCUGUGUGUUUGGAGCACCAAGAACUGGGAGUGUCUUAAGUCCAUCAGAGCGCACAAAGGCCAAGUUACGUCACUGUCCGUCCAUCCCUCUGGGAAACUGGCCCUGACUGUCGGCACAGACAAGACACUCAGGACGUGGAAUUUAAUCGACGGAAGAUCGGCUUUCAUCAAAAACAUUAAACAGAAUGCGGUGAUAGUGAAGUGGUCUCCUGAGGGGGAUAAGUAUGUGGUAGUGAUCGGCGACAAGGUGGACGUUUAUAACCUGGAAACAGCGACUCUGACAUCAACCAUCAUCAGCCCCAAGAGGAUCUCAUCCAUCAAGUUCCUCACUAAUUCCAUCCUGGCCAUAGCGGGGGACGACGAGACAGUCAGGCUGUGUGACGUCAACACUCAGAAGGUGCUCUGUGAGUUUGAGGCUCAUGAAACCAGGGUGAAAUCAGUGGACAGUUUCACCAUGGACGACUUCUGUGUUCUGGUGACCGCGUCAAACGAUGGCUUCAUCAAAAUGUGGAAACUUAACCUUGAGUCCUUGGAGCCUCCGGUCCUCCUGGGGAAGGCGAAUACUACAGCCAGGUUGACCUGUCUGGCCGUGUGGAAGCCCACCACUCUACAGGAGCCUCCCCCAGAGGUCAAGACAGAACCUACCACCUCUCACGACAUCAAAGAUAUACUGGCGCUUGAGAAGAAGAGGAAGAGGGUCAGGAUCUCGACUGUAGAAGUGGUCCAAGAGGAAGAUGCUUCACCCAAGAAGAAAAAAGAUGGCGGGAAAAAAAAGAUGAAAACUUAAUAAAAAAAAUACUAUUUUAAAAUUGUAUUUUCAACCUGGUGUCAGGUCAUUUUGUAUUAUUCUGUACGUAAACCCGAGAUGCACCAUUUAGUAUGAUAUGUUAUGUUUCGUAUGGUAUGUAUUAAUUUGUGGAUGCUCAUCACCCAUUUUGUAUAUGUUACGUUAUGAAUUUGCUAAAUAUACGAUAUGUUACAUUCUAGCUAGGUGGCUAACGUUAGCUAGUCUAGGGUUAAGUUUAGGAGUUAGGUUAAAGGGUUAGGGGAAGGGUUAGCUAACAUGCUAAGUAGCUAGAAAGUAGUUGCUAAAGUUGUCCAGGAUGAGAUUCAAACUCACAACCUUUGGGUUGCUAGAUGUUUGUGUUAUAUGCCCACCCAUCUACCCUGAUCAACCACCCUACUUUAGUUUUUUUGCCUCAAGUAACGAUCCGUCAUAUGUAACCAUACCAAAACGUAACGUAUAAUACUAAUUUGAGUGUCCAGGAUUUACAUUUACUAUGUUACGUCGAGUCUGAGACCAGGCUGGUAUUUUUGGUGUGGAGAUUUUGUAUAUAAUGUGGUCUUAUAGAUCUAUGUGACAAUGACAUUUGGCCACUAGGAGGUGACAGACCUACUUUAUAAACAGCUUGUAUGUCCUCGUACUGUCUUGUUGCAUUAUGAUCCCAAUAACAAUGGACUCCUAUCAAUCUAAAUUUUCCUAGCCAAACAUAACAAUGAAAAUGAGUUAUAAUACAGAAUGAAAAUAGCUUAGUCUGUAGGUGAGUGUAUGGGAGUUGGAUUGUCCAAUAGGUAGUCUAAGAACAUGAGGGAGAGAGUGCAUUGCCUUUUGGGCCUUUUUUUAUAUUUUUACUGAACAAAAAUAAAUGCAACAUUUUCUCAAA